GGGAGUAUAUAGAGGAACACAGGGGUCUGUACAUGGACGUGAUGAUGGAGAAUCACCGGCCCCUCACAUCACUGGAUGGUCCCAGUAACAGAGAUACCCCAGAGAGAUGUCCCCGUCCUCUGUAUUCCCAGGACUGUACAGAGGAGAAUCACAGGAUCCCACAGGAGGAUCAGGAUGAGCACCUUUCUGAUAUGAAGGCCGAAGAUACAGAGGGAGAAGAAGAGACGUAUGUGAUGGAUAUGAAGGGAGAAGAUGAGACGUAUGUGACUGAUAUGAAGGCAGAAGAUAUAGAGGGAGAAGAGACGUAUGUGACUGAUAUAAAGGCAGAAGAUAUAGAGGGAGAAGAAGAGAUGUAUGUGACUGAUAUGAAGGCAGAAGAUAUAGAGGGAGAAGAGACGUAUAUGACGGAUAUGAAGGCAGAAGAUACAGAGGGAGAAGAAGAGACGUAUGUGACUGAUAUGAAGGCAGAAGAUAUAGAGGGAGAAGAGACGUAUGUGACUGAUAUGAAGGCAGAAGAUAUAGUGGGAGAAGAAACGUGUGUUACUGAUAUGAAGGCAGAAGAUAUAGAGGGAAAAGAGACGUAUAUGAUUGAUAUGAAGGCAGAAGAUAUAGAGGGAGAAGAAGAGACGUAUAUGACGAAUAUGAAGGCAGAAGAUAUAGAGGGAGAAGAAGAGACGUAUGUGAUUGGUAUGAAGGCAGAAGAUAUAGAGGGAGAAGAAGAGACAUAUGUGAGGAGAGAUCAGAAGUGUAAUGAAGAGGAAAUGCCUACAGAUAUCACCACAGCAGAUGGAGGCACAAGCAGGAAUUCCUUGGAGGGAGAUCUCAUCUUGUCUGCAGAAAGUAAAAUAGAAGAUAACACCACACAGGAUUCUCCAGGAGACAUCCCCAUUUCUCUAACUAUACAUCCAGUACCUGAUACUUCAUCUGAUCCCUCUAAUCCAGAUGACUGUUCAUGUAAUACCUCAGAUUUUGUUACACAUCAUGCAGCUCAUACAUGUGAUAAAAUAUUUCCAUGCUCUGAGUGUGGGAAGAGUUUUGCACGCAAAUUACAACUUGUUAUACAUCAGAGAAGUCAUACAGGUGAGAGACCAUUUCCAUGUUCUGAGUGUUGGAAAAGUUUUGCACACAAACCAGAGCUUGUUCUACAUCAGAAAAGUCAUACAGGUGAGAAACCAUUUCUAUGUUCUGAGUGUGAGAAAUGUUUUCCACUCAAAUCACAGCUUGCUAGACAUCAGAGAAUUCACACAGGUGAGAAACCAUUUCCAUGCUCUGAGUGUGGGAAAUGUUUUCUGUGUAAAUCAGAUCUUGUUGCACAUCAGAGACGUCACACAGGUGAGAAACCAUUUCCAUGCUCUGAGUGUGGGAAACGUUUUGCACGCAAAUCACAGCUUGCUAAACAUCAGAGAAGUCACACAGGUGAGAAACCAUUUCCAUGCUCUGAGUGUGGGAAAAGUUUUCUGUGUAAAUCAGAACUUGUUAUACAUCAGAGAAGUCACACAGGUGAGAAACCAUUUCCAUGCUCUGAGUGUGAGAAAAGUUUUUCAGGCAAAUCACAUCUUGUUGCACAUCAGAGAAGGCACACAGGUGAGAGACCAUUUCCAUGUUCUGAGUGUGGGAAAUGUUUUCUGUGUAAAUCAGAUCUUGUUGCACAUCAGAGACGUCACACAGGUGAGAAACCAUUUCCAUGCUCUGAGUGUGGGAAAAGUUUUGCACGCAAAUCACAUCUUGCUAGACAUCAGAGAAGUCACACAGGUGAGAAACCAUUUCCAUGUUCUGAGUGUGGGAAAUGUUUUCUGUGUAAAUCAGAACUUGUUAGACAUCAGAGAAGUCACACAGGUGAGAAACCAUUUCCAUGUUCUGAGUGUGGGAAAUGUUUUAUAGUCAAAUCACAUCUUGUUGCACAUCAGAGAAGGCACACAGGUGAGAGACCAUUUUCAUGUUCUGAGUGUGGGAAAUGUUUUCUGUAUAAAUCAGAACUUGUUAUACAUCAGAGAAGUCACACAGGUGAGAAACCAUUUCCAUGCUCUGAGUGUGGGAAAUGUUUUCUGUGUAAAUCAGAACUUGUUGCACAUCAGAGAAGUCACACAGGUGAGAAACCAUUUCCAUGCUCUGAGUGUGAGAAAUGUUUUUCAGGCAAAUCACAUCUUGUUGCACAUCAGAGAAGUCACACAGGUGAGAAACCAUUUCCAUGCUCUGAGUGUGGGAAAAGUUUUGGACGCAAAUCACAUCUUGCUACACAUCAGAGACGUCACACAGGUGAGAAUACAUGCUCUGAGUGUGGGAAAUGUUUUCUGUAUAAAUCAGAACUUGUUAUACAUCAGAGAAGUCACACAGGUGCGAAACCAUUUCCAUGCUCUGAGUGUGGGAAAAGUUUUAUAGUCAAAUCACAUCUUGCUAGACAUCAGAGAAGGCACACAGGUGAGAGACCAUUUCCAUGCUCUGAGUGUGGGAAAUGUUUUCUGUAUAAAUCAGAACUUGUUGCACAUCAGAGAAGGCACACAGGUGAGAGACCAUUUUCAUGUUCUGAGUGUGAGAAAUGUUUUCCACUCAAAACACAGCUUGCUAGACAUCAGAGAAUUCACACAGGUGAGAAUACAUUUCCAUGCUCUGAGUGUGGGAAAUGUUUUCUGUAUAAAUCACUGCUUGCUAGACAUCAGAGAAGUCACACAGGUGAGAAACCAUUUCCAUGCUCUGAGUGUGGGAAAAGUUUUCUGUGUAAAUCAGAACUUGUUAUACAUCAGAGAAGUCACACAGGUGAGAAACCAUUUCCAUGCUCUGAGUGUGAGAAAAGUUUUUCAGGCAAAUCACAUCUUGUUGCACAUCAGAGAAGGCACACAGGUGAGAGACCAUUUCCAUGUUCUGAGUGUGGGAAAUGUUUUCUGUAUAAAUCAGAACUUGUUAUACAUCAGAGAAGUCACACAGGUGAGAAACCAUUUCCAUGCUCUGAGUGUGGGAAAAGUUUUCUGUGUAAAUCAGAACUUGUUAUACAUCAGAGAAGUCACACAGGUGAGAAACCAUUUCCAUGCUCUGAGUGUGAGAAAAGUUUUUCAGGCAAAUCACAUCUUGUUGCACAUCAGAGAAGGCACACAGGUGAGAGACCAUUUCCAUGUUCUGAGUGUGGGAAAUGUUUUCUGUGUAAAUCAGAUCUUGUUGCACAUCAGAGACGUCACACAGGUGAGAAACCAUUUCCAUGCUCUGAGUGUGGGAAACGUUUUGCACGCAAAUCACAGCUUGCUAAACAUCAGAGAAGUCACACAGGUGAGAAACCAUUUCCAUGCUCUGAGUGUGGGAAAAGUUUUCUGUGUAAAUCAGAACUUGUUAUACAUCAGAGAAGUCACACAGGUGAGAAACCAUUUCCAUGCUCUGAGUGUGAGAAAUGUUUUUCAGGCAAAUCACAGCUUGCUAGACAUCAGAGAAGUCACACAGGUGAGAAACCAUUUCCAUGCUCUGAGUGUGAGAAAUGUUUUCCACUCAAAUCACAGCUUGCUAGACAUCAGAGAAGUCACACAGGUGAGAAACCAUUUCCAUGCUCUGAGUGUGGGAAACGUUUUGCACGCAAAGCGUAUCUACCUAAACAUAAAAAAUUACACAGGAGUAAAAGAGGCAUGGGUGGGUCAGCAUUAGGAUGGAUUGCUUACUCCAGAGUGCCUUUGGAGAAUUUAGGGGUGUCUCCAGUGUGCAUUAGGGAACACAAAUUGUUUUUUCUUAGACAUCAGAGAAGUCACGCAGGUAAGAAUACAUUUCCAUACUCUGAGUGUGGGAAAUGUUUUCUGUGUAAAUCGGAACUUGUUAGACAUCAGAGAAGUCACACAGUGUCGCGCAGACAUCAUAGCACGAAGCUGAUGCCUAAUGUUUGCCGCCGUGCUGUCACAGAAGAGAAGAGACCCGUGCGUCUGGACUUUUCAAAUAAAGAGUUUAACUCCUUAGAAGCAGGGAAGCAUCCACCUCCUAAGCACUGGCGGUUCAAUGAACAACUCCUUCGGGACCCUGUUUAUCGAGACCAGAUUGAGAAGGCAAUAGAGGAUUACAUUUCUUUAAAUGCAACUGGCGAUGUCUUUCCGGUGAUAUUGUGGGAGGCGCAUAAAUGUGUGAUACGGGGCGUUGCACAGGCCCUAGAUGAUCCUUUCACUGAGGAAGAACUGCUGGUCGCCCUAAAGUCUUCCCCCAAUGGUAAAAGCCCAGGACCGGAUGGUUUCCCGAUCACAUAUUAUAAGGCCUUUCAAGACGCAGAAAAGGCCUUUGAUCGGGUGGACUGGGACUUUAUGGAGGCGGUGCUCAGACACCUGGGGCUGGGGGAGGUUUUCUUGCAGAGGAUUCUCUGGCUGUAUAGAGCUUCAUCUGCUCGGGUUAGGGUGAAUGACGUUCUCUCCGAACCAAUACCGAUAUCCAAUGGAACGCGCCAGGGCUGCCCGCUCUCACCUUUAAUCUUUGUCCUCUGUAUGGAGGCCCUGGCCCGUGCGAUCAGAUGUAACCCUAACAUUGUGGGCCUGCAGGUGGGCAAGAUUGACCACUGCUUGGCCCUCUUCACAGACGACUUACUGGCGGUCAUAACGAACCCCUUGAUUUCUCUACCCAGCCUUAUGAAGGAAUUUGCGCGAUUCGGAAACCUAUCAAAUUUUAAAAUUAAUUAUUCUAAGUCCACGGUUUACCUUCAGUUUGCGGUACUGGAUCAACACUUGGCGGAGAUGAUGCUGCAAUUGCUCAACAUAGUCCCAUACCUGGACGAUCUCCUGAUAAAGGCGGUGUCCAGGCCGGGGCUGGAGGAGGGGCCGGGGGCGGGGAUAAGAACGUCAGUGUGGCCGGUCACUGAGGAGGAAGCAGAUUGCGUUCCCCUGCCAAUCACACCUCACUUCCGGCUUGUGCGUUCCAUCACACCUACGGUCGCUGCGGUCCACACACAGGAAAAUAGUUUUUUUCUUUCGCGGCAACUUCCGGUUUUCACUCGAGCGGGAGUCCGUCGUCCGCCAAAGCAGGAGCGGGAGUAUAUAGAAGAACACAGGGGUCUGUACAAGGACGUGAUGAUGGAGAAUCACCGGCCCCUCACAUCACUGGGUAAGAGGAGACUGUCAUGUAUUGUACAGAGGAGAACAGAUGGACCCAGUAACAGGAAUACCCCAGAGAGAUGUCCUCGUUCUCUGUAUUUCCAGGAUUUUACAAAGGAGAAUCACAGGAUCCCACAGGAGAUUCAGGAUGAGCACCUUUCUGAUAUGAAGGCCGAAGAUAUAGAGGGAGAAGAAGAGACGUGUGUGACUGAUAUGAAGGCAGACGAUAUAGAGGGAGAACAAGAGACGUAUGUGACUGAUAUGAAGGCAGACAAUAUAGAGGGAGAAGAAGAGACGUAUGUGACUGAUCUCAAGGUAGAAGAUAUAGAGGGAGAAGAAGAGACGUAUGUGACUGAUAUGAAGGCAGAAGAUAUAGAGGGAGAAGAACAGACGUAUGUGACUGAUUUGAAGGCAGAAGAUAUAGAGGGAGAAGAAGAGACGUAUGUGACUGAUAUGAAGGCAGACGAUAUAGAGGGAGAAGAAGAGACGUAUGUGACUGAUAUGAAGGUAGAAGAUAUAGAGGGAGAAGAAGAGACGUAUGUGACUGAUAUGAAGGCAGAAGAUAUAGAGGGAGAAGAAGAGACGUAUGUGACUGAUAUGAAGGCAGAAGAUAUAGAGGGAGAACAAGAGACGUAUGUGACUAAUAUGAAGGCAGACGAUAUAGAGGGAGAAGAAGAGACGUAUGUGACUGAUAUGAAGGCAGAAGAUAUAGAGGGAGAACAAGAGACGUAUGUGACUGAUAUGAAGGCAGACGAUAUAGAGGAAGAAGAAGAGACGUAUGUGACUGAUAUGAAGGCAGAAUAUAUAGAGGGAGAAGAAGAGACGUAUGUGAUUGAUAUGAAGGCCGAAGAUAUAGAGGGAGAAGAAGAGACAUGUGUUACUGAUAUAAAGGCAGAAGAUAUAGAGGGAGAAGAGACGUAUGUGACUGAUAUGAAGGCCGAAGAUAUAGAGGGAGAAGAAGAGACGUAUGUGAGGAGAGAUCAGAAGUGUAAGGAAGAGGAAAUCCCUACAGAUAUCAGCACAGCAGAUGGAGGCACAAGCAGGAAUUCCUUGGAGGGAGAUCUCAUCUUGUCUGCAGAUAGUAAAAUAGAAGAUAACAUCACACAGGAUUCUCCAGGAGACAUCCCCAUUACUCUAACUAUACAUCCAGUACCUCACAGUACUGAUACUUCAUCUGAUCCCUCUAAUCGCGAUGACUGUUCAUCUAAUACCUCAGAUUUUGUUACACAUCGUGCAGCUCAUACAUGUGAUAAAAUAUUUCCAUGCUCUGAGUGUGGGAAAAGUUUUGCACGCAAAUCACAACUUGUUAUACAUCAGAGAAGGCAUACAGGUGAGAGACCAUUUCCAUGUUCUGAGUGUGGGAAAUGUUUUACAUUCAAAUCACAUCUUGUUGCACAUCAGAGAAGUCACACAGGUGAGAGACCAUUUCCAUGCACUGAGUGUGGGAAAAGUUUUUCAGGCAAAUCACAGCUUGUUAGACAUCAGAGUAGUCACACGGGUGAGAAACCAUUUCCAUGCUCUGAGUGUUGGAAAAGUUUUGCACUCAAAUCACAUCUAGUUAGACAUCAAAGAAGCCACACAGGUGAGAAACCAUUUCCAUGCUCUGAGUGUGAGAAAUGUUUUCCACUCAAAUCACAUCUUGUUAGACAUCAAAGAAGCCACACAGGUGAGAAGUCAUUUCCAUGCUCUGAGUGUGGGAAAUGUUUUCUGUGUAAAUCAGAACUUGUUAGACAUCAGAUUAGUCACACAGGUGAGAAACCAUUUCCAUGCUCUGAGUGUGGGAAAUGUUUUCUGUGUAAAUCAGAACUUGUUAGACAUCAGAGAAGUCACACAGGUGAGAAGCCAUUUCCAUGCUCUGAGUGUGAGAAAUGUUUUCCACUCAAAUCACAGCUUGCUAGACAUCAGAGAAUUCACACAGGUGAGAAUACAUUUCCAUGCUCUGAGUGUGGGAAAUGUUUUCUGUGUAAAUCAGAACUUGUUAGACAUCAGAGAAGUCACACAGGUGAGAAACCAUUUCCAUGCUCUGAGUGUACGAAAAGGUUUGCACUCAAGUCACAGCUUGUUACACAUCAGAAAAGUCACACAGGUGAGAAACCAUUUCCAUGCUCUGAGUGUGGCAAAAGUUUUGCACUCAAAUCACGUCUUGUUAGACAUCAGAAAAGUCACACAGGUGAAAAAACAUUUCCAUGCUCUGAGUGUUGGAAAAGUUUUGCACUCAAAUCACAUCUUGUCAGACAUCAAAGAAGCCACACAGGUGAGAAACCAUUUCCAUGCUCUGAGUGUGAGAAAUGUUUUCCACUCAAAUCACAUCUUGUUAGACAUCAAAGAAGCCACAUAGGUGAGAAACCAUUUCCAUGCUCUGAGUGUGGGAAAUGUUUUCUGUGUAAAUCAGAACUUGUUAGACAUCAGAUUAGUCACACAGGUGAGAAACCAUUUCCAUGCUCUGAGUGUGAGAAAUGUUUUCCACUCAAAUCACAGCUUGCUAGACAUCAGAGAAUUCACAUAGGUGAGAAUACAUUUCCAUGCUCUGAGUGUGGAAAAUGUUUUCUGUGGAAAUCAGAACUUGUUAGACAUCAGAGAAGUCACACAGGUGAGAAGCCAUUUCCAUGCUCUGAGUGUGAGAAAUGUUUUCCACUCAAAUCACGUCUUGUUAGACAUCAGAAAAGUCACACAGGUGAGAAACCAUUUCCAUGCUCUUGAGUGUGGGAAAAGUUUUGCAGGGAAAUCGUAUCUAGUUAAACAUCAGAAAUCACACAGGAGUAAAGCAUUACUAUGAUCUGAUACACAACAGGGUUGUAGCAACACUCUUUAUUGCAUUGGACAGGUCCGGACUGCCCAUCUGUCACCUGUGGCAUAUUCCAGAAGUGCCAAUGGACUGGUGGUUUCAUCCAGUUCCACAGAGAGAUGGGAAGGCCGUGUGCAGCGCAGCCUCUGGCUCUCUGGUUUAGCCGCCCCUACUUUUCAAAGUGUCUAUCUCCAUGGAAAUGGGGGCAUGCAGUAAGUCCAUGCCCCCCUGACUCAAAGCACAUCCUCGUGUGUCAUGUCCUUGCGCCCCCUCCCCCCCAGUGACGUGCGCUCACAAGUUUACAAAUGCCCAAUCCAAAUAGCCCCAGUUCGUCCCUGGCAGUAGAUAUCGGCACCACUCUCCACAUCAAUAACAGACCAUAGUGUUAUAUAAGCAUCUAUGGGCCUAAUUCAAGGUCGAUCGCAAAAGGAAAAUCUUCCUCUAAUGGCAAAAUCCAUGUGCACAGCAGGUGGGGCAGAUGUAACAUGUGCAGAGAGAGUUAGAUUUGGGUGAGGUGUGUUCAAACGGAAAUCUAAAUUGCAGUGUAAAGAUAAAGCAGCCAGUAUUUACCCUGCACAGAAACAAUAUAACCCACCCAAAUCUAACUCUAUCUGCACAUGUUACAUCUUCCCCACCUACAGUGCACAUGGUUUUGCCAAUUAGAGAAAGAUUUUGAAAACGCCCAUUGCAGAAAUUGCUAAUGAAUCGCAAUAUGCGGGUUGAUCGCAAAACCAUACACAGUUAUCGGAGCAUCGUCGAUUUUUUCCUAUCUACACCAGGCAGGGUCAUCCACAAUUCGUGUGACACAAACGCUGGAAGUGGUCAUCGCAUACGUCAGAGGCCCUCCUUAAAAAUGCCUGGGUACGCUUGCAUUUUGUCAGACACAGCCAUAAAACAGCAGGUUUCCGCCCAGAAACGCCAACUUCCUAUCAGUCAAACAGUGGCUGCAUUGCGCUCAUGAUCUGUACAUAAUAUAUGUUGCUAUUUUUGCUAACGCUUGCGCAAUGCGAACGCUGCACCUGCACAGUCGUUCGAUAAUCGGCCGGAUUGCGAAUCACAAAUUUUACAAUCCUUUCUGAAUAAGAGCAUAGACAGAUUCUUCAAGAAUGUAUGAGAUCAGUGGGUGUGGCAAAAGGAUUGGGUGUAACCAAGUAUUAUAAAAUAAGUGCCAUCAAAUUUCAAGUUAUCUUCCUGUAACCCUGAGAGAAACAAAUGCUGUUUCUCAGUCUGUACACGGGCGUGGUCUUUGGAAUAAAUAAUUCUUUAUUAAACUGAA